GUGCACCAGGCAGGUUGAGAUGAUCACACACGACAUCGCCCACAGGAAACUGCCCACCAUUUUAGCCACCCAGUAAAACGUCUGAAACAUGAAGACAAGAUGAUGCCCCAAGCCAAGUUCUCCAAUGCAACCGACCAUGAAUGAUGUCUAUCGCGAGGUGAAGGAAGGUCCAUUCCGCGGACUCCGUAUGGAAGGCGUGUGCCAAGCAGCCGGCCGACGACGUGGCGGAGUCCAAAGCACGGUACGCUUUGUGUCUCUUGUCGGGCGCCCCUAGGGGACCCUGUCGUUCGGUUCUACGACUGAGGGGGUUCAGCAUGAGGGCGUGUCGUCUUCGUUCAUUUUGCCAUUUCAACGCGAAAAAGAGAGGUUUUUAUAUUAAAUAGGCCUUCCCUCUCUUACGCUGUUGAAGGGCUUAAGAAAGUUGACGAUAUGGUGCGGGAUGGAGUCCGGGACGGGCUCCGGACUCGCCUUUGCCGUUAAUCAGACGGCUCGCACUUAACUUGAUGGGUUAACCCUCUAUGCUCUCCGGCGGCAGUCGUAGAAGAUCAGGCACUGAAGUAGAUGAUAUUACAACAAACAGCAUCGACGGAAAGACCACCUCCGAAUGGAAGGAAGAGGGUCGGUGCGAUGGGGCAUGCUUGAAGAGGGCUGAAGAUGCACGAUCGUGGCGUGACAGACGUCUGGGGAUGGAUUCGGACGCGAGCAAGAUGUGUGCCGCAUUUAGGGAAGAGCAUCCGGGAGACCAGUGCGAAGCAAGAUCCAUCUUGCAGAGCCAAGAACACCGCAGAGAGCCCAGCGUGACGCAGACCCCACUAUACAGAGGUUUGAACAUGAUCCCAGUUUGAACACGACAAGGACUUGGACAACAGCCGUGCCUGGCCACCUGACACGAUCCUGCCAAGGGAAGCGGUUGUGCCGUUAUCUUUUGAUCGAUUCCAAACGGCCAGACAGCCGAUGGAGAAUACUGCAGUGUUACUUCAGGUAAGCGGCCAGACAGCCGAUGGAGAAUGCUGCAGUGUUACUUCAGGUAAGCGGCCAGACAGCCGAUGGAGAAUGCUGCAGUGUUACUUCAGUAUUCCCAAAAGAUGGGUAACACCAGAAAAAGGGAACCACUCGGCUCGAACUGCUGGAAAUGACACAGAAGUGAAAGUCCUUGUCCGGAGCCGGCAUCACCACAUCCAGGUCACAGGAUAUUCAUCACCACGACCAGGGCGUAGCUCCAACUGCUGGAAAUGACACUCUCAAGGAUGUGCAUUGUAACUGGAGGUUGCAGAGAGUUUGCACCACCACACCCAGUCCUGGAUGGAAACAGAAUUUAUGAUCUAAUCAAAUGGAAGACCGCAAUUGUCCUGAGAUGACGAGGUUAAGUAGAAUUGUCCACAGACGUGCACGGAUAAUGAAAGUCUUGUACAUCCAGGGGACGGAAGAGGUAUACCGGUGCUCAGUACGCAUACCAAUCCUGGAACAGACUCUCUCGAUAACACACGUGUUUAUAUGCACAGACGUUUUCAUCGCGUAUCGUAUUCUUAAACGCAAACACAAUUCUUAGUUCAGAUUGAAUCGCAAACGAAGGAUUCGCGAAAGCCACGGACCAUCGCUAGACUAUUUUAUUUUCUUCGCUCAGAUCGAACUGUUGAAAAUGUGGAUUAUAUUUAUGUACUUCAUUUGAACCACAAACGAAGGAUUUGGACAAGAUGCGUACCUCUAACCCCUUCAUUUGACGAGACGUGAUACCAAUCCCACAAGCACUGGAUGACGGCAUCCUUCAGGAAUCUCUUUACGACUGAUGCCAUGUGACGACGGGGGCACAUCUUGAGGCAAGAUGACACAAUGGAUGUGGAACCCUCGGCCCCUGAACGAUUGUCGCUAUGGGAGUCAUUAGCAACAGACUUUCUCUGGUGUAGUAUUGUACAUUCGCUACCUGUAGGCCUCUGCAGAAGGAUACGUUGUAUUUUAUCGAAAUAUCUGAUUGAAAGGUGGUUUCAUCCCAAAUCUUAAUAUCAUCCGAUGGCAAAAAGCCUACUUCCAUUUUGUGGCCGUGACAAAAUGUCGGAACACACUUGGAACGUCUUUAAAAGACUUUCCAUCAGUCAUCGUCGGUCACUCCUCCUAGAUGAUUGUUGAUUAAGAACCAGAACCAGAUCCAAAUAUGUCAAGGUUCUGAUGUACCAGGUCAAAAUUUACUAUCGAGCUGUUAAAAGUUACUUCAUUUUUCUCCAAAAUCACCAAAUUGAUCAGAUAUUUCAAUUUUCCCAUCGAAUGAGACAUGGGGUCCACGUGAUUCUGGUUGGUUCGACCCCAGCCAACCAGAACAUGUGUUGUCUUUGAUGGAACCGUAGGCCUUAUGAACUUUCUCGAUCCAUUCAGUACCACGAACACCUGCGUUUAUUCCAAUCAACUUCAGAGACCUGAUAGUGCCGGUCUCCAUUUGGGACAGAUAUGAAAUUGGCAAACUCUAGCCUCCAUUUUAUACAAGUAUCUUAAAUUUCCUUAAACACGGUAAUUAUCCGGGUGCCUUUCAUUCUUGGUUUCAUCAAUGAUAUGAUAACCAAAGGUUACCCCCAAGACCAAACCAAAUGCAAAAGAAUCGGGCAAAUUCAUUUCCAAAUUUUGAGAUUUCGUUGAAAUAUUUUGUUGAUUGAAAUUUUUCCAAAAUAUUCCAAAUUGAUGUUGGUUCCUGACCUUGCGGUCAAGUGGAAGAGGAGCUCAGUCUUUUCAUGAUAAUUAGUCCAGAAAGAUUCAAACAAGAUAACAACUGCCCCAUCAAGAAGUUUCCUGUGGUACAGAAUGGGUCGAGCAAGCUGUCGCUAACAUCAACGUCAAUGUCUGACGUUUUAUGUAUUAAUUUGUUAUGUUUGUAUAAUGAUACAAUAUGUGAAAUUUACAUAUAAAAGCCAUAAUACAUGUAAAGGUGAAUUCAAAAAGUUACUUCUAUUGUUAAACUCGUCCAAAGCAACCGCUUUUGUCAUGCAAAUGAGAAGACUAAUCUGAACGCCUGAUCUAGAGGGCCCCUUUUGUCAUGCAAAUGAGAUCACAGCACGGUCCUGUUGAACAUGACGAAAUUGGUUCUUUUGUUAUUUAAAUAACCCACUAACCGAUGUCGUGCUUUUUCGGAUCAAUGAGGUCAAGGUUCGUGACCUGAAUACACCACAGUAGUUCACCUUGCUUGCAUUUACAAUGGUUGUCGCUGCAUGCGACUCAAUUUAUGUUUUUUUUCUGAUCAAAAACUAUAUAGAUAUUCUAGUGGAAAAUGGUUUCCCAAACAAAAUGAACAUAAACAUAAGGGGCCAAAUUUACAAAGGGUGUUUAGCUUAAAACAGCGUUUAAUGUCUGAAUAGACAGAGUCCGGGCCUUGCAGGGUUUCUUCAUGAAAACCGCAUUAGGCCCUGAAACUGAUUAUGUAGAAUUUACUCUUAAACACCCUUCGUAAAUUCGGCCCAACAUGUUUUCAACCGGACUGUGCAAGACGGCAUGUAUAACAAUGUGUCCCAAAAGUGUUACAUGUAUCAAUGGCUCUUUGCAUUAUUUUAGAAAUUUUGAAUUUCACACUAUUUAUUGA